AUGGCGAAACAUAGCCCCGUCCCAAAUGGGAUGACGUCAUUCUGGCGGACAGAGCCUCACUUUCUAGACAGCCAUCGAUCGACUGAAUUUCUCCCUCAAGAGUGUGAUAUCGUCGUAAUAGGAGCUGGGUACGCAGGGGCAUCUGUCAUACACCAUAUUCUUGACCAAACUCCUCCUGGGUCGAAGCCGCCUUCGAUUGUGCUUUUGGAGGCUCGACAGGCUUGUUCCGGUGCCACUGGUCGAAAUGGGGGACACAUGAAACCUGAUGUUUAUAAUGUUAUCGCUGGCUUGGCCGCUGAUCAUGGCGUCGAGGCUGCUGCUGAGGUUGCAACUUUCGAGGCCAAACAUGUCUCAUAUCUCAAGAAAUUCGUUGAAAGAGAGAAUAUAGACUGUGAUUACACAGUCACAAAAGCUAUCGAUGUGCAACUGUCUCGGGAUCAUAGUGCAAGACUCAAGGAGGGAUAUGAAGGAUUGAUCAAGAAGGGAUGUGAGCCAACAACAAAGGCAAAGUAUAUCCCCAGCAGUGAGGCAGAGAAGUUCUCUGGAGUCAAAGGUGCACAGGGGUGUUUCACAUAUGACGCCGGUCACAUUUGGCCAUACAAAUUCGUGCUGCACCUUUUGGAAAAGGCAAUUUCCCAAGGUGUAAAUCUACAAACGCACACGCCGGUAUCUGGGAUGACACAGUCUAAUUCCUCAACAUCGGGCCAUCCUUGGACAGUGAACACUGCCCGAGGCUCCAUUGCCGCCAAGAUAGUCAUUUUAGCAACAAAUGCCUAUACUUCGUCUCUGGCCCCUCAGUAUAAAGAGAAGAUUAUCCCUGUCCGAGGAACAUGCAGUCGAAUCAUCGUUCCUCCGGGUACUACUGCUCCUCGUCUGACGAACACUUACACCCUGCGCUGGAACGAUUGGAAUUAUGACUACCUCAUCCCACGCGCCGAUGGGAGUAUAGUCGUCGGUGGUGCUCGCCCGGCUUUCAUCAAUGAUCCUGACAGCUGGUAUAACGUCAGUGAUGAUAGUUCAGUACUUGAGCCUGCUGUUCGAUACUGGGAUAAUUAUAUGCAGCGGAAUUUUGUUGGUUGGGAGAAUAGCCACGCUUACACGGACAGAGUCUGGACAGGGAUCAUGGGUUAUUCAACAGAUGGACUGCCACAUGUUGGCCAUGUCCCAGGACAGAAGGAUCAGUACAUCAUCGCUGGAUUUACAGGACAUGGAAUGCCCCAGAUUUUCCUGGCGGCUGAGGGUUUGGCAAAAAUGGUACUCAGUGACGUUCAUUUCGCAAAGACUGGACUCCCGCGUCUGUUUGAGUCUACUCAAUCCCGACUCGACAGUCGCCAGAACAAUAUCUUUGCGAGCACCCCUGGGAAAUCGCAAGCAAGAUUAUGA